AUGAAUAAUCAUCGUGAAGGCGCAUUCCUACCACCUCUCUUGGGUGAAUUGAACUACUCUGAUUGGAAAAUAAGGAUGAAGAUGUUCAUCAAAUCUAUCGAUGAAUGGGCCUGGCGCGCGAUUGUAAUUGGUUGGACACCUCCUACCUCAAUGAAUGAGUCACACGAGAUCAUUCAAACCCCAAAAGAGAAGUGGAGUGAUGAAGAAGUACGAAUCGCAGAUUAUAAUUCCAAGGCAACCAAUGCUAUCUUGAGUUGUAUCGAUGAAGACCAAUUCAAAUUGAUAUCAAUGUGCAAAUCAUCAAAGGAGGCAUGGGAUGUUCUACAAGAGGCCUACGAAGGAACUACUCAGAUAAAUGAGUGCAAACAGACUGUCGCUGAAACUGUUGCAACAGUUGGACAGACAGUUCAGAGAGACCUUAGGUAUGAUAAUUUGCAUUCAAUACAUGAUAAAAGAUCAACUCCGUUAAAUCUUGCAGGUGAUGAUGGGGAUUCAGAAAACAACAGCGAUGAUGACGUGUCAACCUUGGAAGAAAUAAAGCAAUGCUAUGAAAAGAUGUACGAAAAAUUUCUUCAGGUGUGUGAGUCAAAUAAAUUCUUAGAAAAAGAGAAGCUUGUCCUAAUUGAGGAAAACAAAGUAUUGAAGGUACAAAUUUCUACUCUGGAACAAAAUGUUAUUUCUGCUAGUAGAGAAACAGAUAGCUUGAAGGCUAAAUUUGCUCAAACCCAAGAUGAUAUUUCUAAGUUUAAUACUGGUAGGGUCCCCGUGAAUGUAGGAACAGUUACAAAUGAAUGCCCGGGAACAUGCAACAACGAAGCAUUUCACUUCGACUUAAGUGGUAUAGCUUUCGGUGCUUUAGCCAAUCCGGGUCAAGCCGACCCGAUGAGGAAAUUGGGCCAAUUUGGUUGCAGGGUGCAAUGCACUUAUAGUAACAUCGGUAUACAAUUCAAGAUCGACAUAGGAUCGAACGCUAACUAUCUAGCAUUUGCGAUUGAAUUUGUGAAUGGAGACGGAGAUAUUGGUGCCGCCGCGAUCUCGUCAAGCAAUUCGAACGGAUGGUUAUCCAUGAAACAGUCGUGGGGUGCGACAUGGAGUGUCGGGAUACCCGAGGGAGUAAGCGGUCCUUAUUCCGUGAAAGUGACCACAAUCGAGUCGCAAAAAACCGCAAUUGCGAACAAUGUAAUCCCUGCUAAUUGGUCUAAAGGCCAGAACUAUCGCUCCAACGUCAACGUUUAAUUUCUUGAUUUGUCGAGUCCGAGC